AUGCAGGAUGAUCCCAACGCGACCCUGUGUGAAGAUGGCGAUAUUCCUCUCCUAGAGGCUGCCAUGUGUGGUUCUGAAAGGGCAAUGCACGUCAUCCUCAUCCACGGUGCAUCAGUUACUGCUACUGAUGCACUGGGCAGUGCAACACUUCAUUGGGCGGCAAUUACAGGCAACACAUAUUGUGCGCACCUUCUCCUUCAGUAUGGGAUUCCCAUGGAUAACCUCAGUUCCUCUCACUUCACCCCCUUUAUGUGUGCCGUAUACUUCGGAAACAUCAAUGUCGUGAGAUAUCUGAUCUGGCGAGGUGCCUCCACGACGCCCAAAUUGAACCACCGCAAUGAAUCAGCCCUCACUUUCGCCUCCCUUAUGGGUAACGUUGCCAUAUUGGAGCUCAUUUUAACGGUGGUGGUCCCACUGGAGUAUCGGAGGAAGGAAUUGUACGCUUCUCUAGCACAGGCCGCUUUUGGCAAACAUACGACGGAGGUACAAAUCCUGCUGGCCCAUGGGGCACCUGUUAAUCUUCCCGGCUCGUCGAUUGAAAAUUCUCCCCAUGCAGCCGUUUACGGUGGCGAAGAGUCAAUCGUUCGUCUUCUUCUUUCUCGAGGGGCAGAUGUUGAAGCCGUUGAUCAGCAUGGCUGCACUCCAUUCGUGGUCGCUACGAGAAGACGAAAUGUGAAUAUGGUCAGAGCUCUCAUAGCUGCAGGUGAAUAA